CACAUGGCUGCAUAACACUGCCCCGACAGGCCGUGCCCACCAAUCGCCGCCUCCGACUGAUUUGGAAAUGAUGUACUGCGUACGACACUCACUUAAUUAAAAUGUGUCUGUAGCGUCAUUCAUGCUCGGUUUGUCGGAGAGUGCCACCGGCGCACUGUGUGUUAGAGGAGUGGGCUGGACUUUCGCGUGAGUAAACCUGGGGAACCUCGUCCAUGCGCCUGCAGUUACGGCCAAGCAUAACACAACCGGCCUACACACAACACACUAUAGUGUCAACUCCGGUACAUGGUCGACUCACACAUUGUUACGCGUCCACAACACAAAAGGGACCAGGAUUCAACUCUCGAGUGUUCCCGAGGUGCCAGAGGUUUUUUUUUGUCUUCUUGUUCAUCUUUGGUUGACCUGCUGCCUGGAGGGCCGAUCAUCGCACUUCCACCUCAGCCCACCGUGUCUUGCUCUGCCUUGCCUGUAGUACCGGUGCGAGAGGGCCAGAGCCCCCACGGCCCAGCUCCGUGUUUCCUGGCCGCGCAGCCACACCGACGCACGGGGUCUAACCCGGGUGCAGGACACCCCGGUUGCCCCCUCUGAUCUCGGGGAAUUCCUUUUAAUUUCAGCUCUAUCGCCUCGAAUUAAUGACCAGCUCUGGCGUGUUUGGAGUGUGUUGACCUAGUGUCUGAGUGACUGUUCACCGGCUGGCGUGGAUCGCCCGUACUGGAGGAGUAGUAGAUCGCCCGGACCUCCUUACACUUCAGAGCGACAAAAGUCGCUGUCGUGCAUUCUAAAUGGCACAGGAACGGUCCGAUCUGUUAUCCAGCCACCGACCAGGCUUCAGUGCCGCCACGGUCGGGGCCACCUCGUCGUUCUCCCCGGCCACGCGCCUGUCGCACACGCCGACCGCCACGGACUUCCAGCCCCCGUACUUCCCGCCGCCGUACAACAUUCCCCAGCCCCAGUCCCAACUGGAUUUCCACCACCCUCAUGUGAACACGGACCCAUACGCUCACCUGAACCCCAUCCACCCGCAGGCCCAGCACCAGUACAUGCACCCGCAGCAGCGCUCGCAGCACAUGCUGCGCUCGGGCCGGGACGAAACGGACCACUUGAACCUACACCACCCGGGCAUGCAGCUCCCGCCUAGCCGUGACUAUUCCGGGGUGCGUAGGCCCGAUGUCUUGGUCCACGGCGGACCGCACGGACUCGGCCCCGAGCAGACUGAUCUCGCAAUGUUGCACCACCCUGGCGGCUUACACGGAGUGGACGACACAACGAGAAGCCACACAUGCGGUAUUGACGUCCUCCGAACGGUUCCUUGGUACAUGGAGACGUCAGAGUCUUACAAGGGAGCACAUGACGAUGGUUCUAAUUAUAUACACGGCGAUCAUCACUCUUCAGUCAUCAGAAAAGCAGGCAUUCGACAGAAGAACGAGAACGGCAAGGACGGUCUGGUGUCCAAUGUCACCUCCCCUAACGACGUGUUCUGCACCGUGCCAGGUCGCCUGUCGCUUCUCUCCUCUACCUCCAAGUACAAAGUCACGGUCGCCGAGGUGCAGAGGCGACUGUCUCCUCCCGAGUGUCUCAACGCUUCGCUUCUCGGAGGUGUGCUCAGGAGGGCAAAAUCUAAGAACGGAGGCAGAUAUCUGAGAGAAAGACUAGAAAAAAUCGGCUUGAAUCUGCCCGCUGGAAGGAGAAAAGCCGCUAACGUUACAUUGUUUACGUCAUUAGUUGAAGGCGAAGCAAUACAUUUAGCCCGUGACUACGGUUACCUAUGCGAGACCGAGUUCCCGGCCCGACAGAUCUCCGAGUACAUCGCCAGGCAACACAACGAUCCCACCGAAGUCCCCACCAGAAGAAACAUGGUUCUAGCCACUAAACAAGUCUUGAAAGAGCUUCAGGAUGUCUUGUGCCAGGACCGCACCCCGAUCGGCAACACGAGGCCACAGCCGAUCCUGGAGCCUUCCGUCCAGCGAUGCCUGACGCAUUUUAGUCUCAUCUCCCACGGCUUCGGCACCCCAGCUCUUUCCGCGUCCAUGGCCACCCUGCAGAACGUGCUGACCGAAAUGCUGAAAUACAUGGACAAAGCAUUCCCAAACGUCACCCCGCACUCGGCCCAUUCCACGUCGGGGAGCAAGAUCGAUUCCAACUCCAAUAAGACGAACGGCGAGAAAGCAGACGAGCCCAGGAAGGAGGUUGUAUGAGACGCCUUGUGAGAGAGACUAGCAGCCGUUAAUCAGUCCUCGCACAGACAGUUGAUGUUAUAACACACGAAGAGAUAGUUUGAUCGGAAUGAAAACGCGCGUUCAGCUUUGGAGUUACCAAAAAAAAAAUUGCUUCUUGUCUGUACCAGGCAUGGAUGGAUUUCAGAUAAUCGGAUUCUGAAUCGCCAACAUUCAGAUGUAAGAUCCUGACAGGAAAGAGCAAGAAAUAUACACAGCAUCUCACCUAGCAUCAUCAGCUGGCUUGACAUUUGGAUGCUUUUUCUUUUCUUUAAAUCUCCCGCCAAGAGGUUGAUGACAUCAAGCGUUCAUUGACAUGCGCAGAAUCGUCCAAAAUGGACGACCUUACUGGGCAGAUGAACCAAAGACAGUAUAUAAUGGGUUUUGUGUUGCAAUUUCUCGUGGGUACAAAAGCGUGUUGCCAUUCUAUUCGAGGACUCUUCGUAAAAAAAAUCUAUAGGAAUUGUUUUCCCACCGACUAAUUAAAUUUAAAAAAAAGAGCACCUUGGAUAAAGAAAUGACUCUCUUUCUAAAGAGGUAGUAUUCAGUGCUAAGUUGUGCAGUAUUAUCCCUGCUCGUAUGCCAUGUGUGUGUAUCUGCGUUCUUCAAAACCGUUAUGGUUGGUCUUUUGUAGUUAGCUUAUGAUGGUCGACAGUCUUCGCAAAAAUGCACACAGAAUUUUCUUCAUGAAAGCUCCGGACAUCAGACUUGUUUCCAUUGCGGCUGCAUGGGCGAGUCGCAUGAUUAAUCCUUAUGGUGGACCCUGCGGGGUUCUUUUUUUAUCCAAUCAAAAGCAUGGAACGGACUGACGUCAGUGUUGGUUCUGUUUAACUCAACCAAUGGGAUUAUUUUGACAGUUCCAUGGCAUUUUGCUGAAACUUCAGGUAUAAUUAGACAUACCUAAGCAACAGGGUAACUUACGAGGCUGACAAAAUAGAACCUUUAUAUAAUUAUAUAUUAACAUGUAGUUUUUUUUAUCAACAAGAGGCGUGUUUUUUGAGAGAUAUUUCCUUCGUUUUAUAUCAUCAUGUAGAGUGUUUCGUUUGUGUUUUUGACAUCGCGGUUUGACAAUCAAUGACGAAAUCGAGCUGAUCGCCUGCGUUUUGAACUGUAACAUUGAAGCAAGCUUCCGUAUUGGUGGCUGUGCUGCAUUGAGGCUUUUUCUGUUAACUUUUAAUGUAUUUAAAAACAAAAUCCCGACCAAAGUGUUGAGUUUUGCAAAAAAGACGCCGAGCAUAUUUCUUCCCUUAAGUGGUAAUCGAAAUGCCAAAUGUAAAUCAAAAAAACAAAAUAUAAUACAAGGGAAAGAUGUACUCGAUUAUGAAAAGAACGCGGUGUGAACCAGAGGUGUAAAAAGGGCGCGUUUUUUAUUUUUGAGGUGAGGUAUUUGCUGCAUGUAGAUUUUUUUGGUUAAAAAAAAAAAUCGGUGUCAUUUAAAACCAAGGCUGAGAGUAAGUACAGUACUGCUGUCAAUUGUCUUCACUUUCCUCCAAUUGGACAUUUAAGGCUCAUGUUUAAAACAAAAGACCUUUAAAAAAAAAAUCGCAAAUUUUCCAGCCGUUUUUUAACGAAAAGUUGUUUUGUGAUGCACGUGCAAUCUUUCAGAGUAUGUUGCCGGUUGCCCCUGAAAGAUUUGAACUCGCCACGAAAUUAUUGAUUUUUUUCAAGUUUAAUGUUUUGGUCUUUCAGUUAUCCUAUUGAUAUAGGGCGAGUUUCACAAAAUGCAUUAUUCACUUUGGUUACCAGUUAAAAUGUGUACGCAUGCUACAACGUUUUUUGUUUUUUUUUACAGACAACCAGUCAAACUACAAAACACCACAUACGUCUUCUUGUUCGUGUUAAGUAUUGCCGUGUCGUAGAAUAGUAUCCCUUCCGUGCAACCAAUAGGCGUUGAGGACAUCGAUCACGUGGCAGCACGUCGCUGCAUAGUUAAUCGAGUGAUUUGCAUAAUGCCAUUUUGGUUGCAUUUUCUAUGUACAAAGUUGAAUGGAGCUGAUCUGUAACGGCUGUUGAUGAACUUGAAAGCACUUUCUCCACCGAUUAUUGAAACCAACACGGUGUAUUUUCCUUUUCUUGGUUUCGUACCUUUUUCUCGUCAUUAGAAAAAUAAAACGAACCAAAUAAGUCUCGACGGGUAAAAAAUGUGUUCAAAGCAACUCAGCGUUUUAACAAAACAAAAAAAGUGCAAACUUAGACAGUUUAUUUAAUUGGAUUUUAAAUGUCUGCUGUAAUUUAUCCCACCAAUUUUUAAACGAAAAAAAAAAAUAUGUCGAAUUGCUUUUUGUUUGCCAAAUUAAGCUUUCUACCUCUUUGUAUGGAAAGUAGAUUAGAGAGUAGUCCUGUCAUAGUUUUUUUUUUUCGUUCUUAUUUGUAUCUUUGGAAUGAAGGGACCACUGUCGCCAUAAUCAACCGCUAGAGGGCGCUGUGACCACUGAACAGCAUCAACUCGGUGUAAUUUUUUUUUUGCCGUUAGCUGUUUGUAAAACUAAAGGGACUUUGUUUGCUCUGUCAGUAUUUGGUAGAGGUACUCUAGAACCUGAAGAGGCUGGUUUGUUUAUUUUUUGUCAUUUCUCCUUGAAGUGAAAUGAACAAUAUGACGAUUCUGCCGCCUUUCUUGAAGGAGAAAAAAAACGGUUCGUCCCAUCCGAGAGGAGUUUUGUUCUGAGGUUUACCACUCACACAGAUUGUUGUAAUUAUUGAUAUAAAAUAUGGGGGGGGGGUUACAAAAUUUACAGAUUAUUGGUGUAAUUGUACAGCUUAUUGAGCAUAGCUUCCACACAUGCGCAAAACAAUUAUUGAUUGACUGGAAGAAAUACUGUUUUUGCACACCAUACAUUGUAUGGCCGAGCAAAAAGGGCAAAUAAAGUUUUCAAUGAGAUAUCUCUGUAUGCUUAUCAGAAUGCUCAAAGGGGGUUAGUUUUUUUUUAUCAUAAGAUUUUGUAUUACGUGUGAGUGGACUGGGAUCAAGUCUAAUGUGAGUAUUAUGAAUAUUGUACUGUACGUAAUUAUUGUCUUUAGUUGAGUCAAUACUUAAUUUAUAUUCAACUUGCCUGCCAAGUCCCUCCAUAUUUCAAUCUGUACAAUUUAUUAUUUAGCAGCCAAAAAAAAACCAAAAAAAAAUAAGAAAAAAAAUGGAGGACUGGGCAGGCCAGUCUAACCAUCACCCACCGCCAUUGUUUCGUAUGUAGCAAGCGGAAAGAUUACUGUAUAAAAAUGAAGUGUUUUUCUUUUCUUUGAUAUGGAUUUUUUCCUUUCUUUCUCUAUACAUAACUCUUCGAGUGCUACUAUCAGUCUUGAAUAUUAGGAAAAAAUGAUGGAAACCUUUAUAGCGUCAUUGUUAAUAUGUGUAUCACGUGACUUGUAGUCAUUAAUGCCAGAAUGUUGUACAUGUAGAUACUUAUUAAGAUAUCGAUACUUAAAAUAUCGAUCAUUAAGUGUUCGGUUAUACUCGUCAAGGAAUCGAUUAAAAACGAAUAAAUUGGAUGACAAAAAGUGCAA